AUGUUGGUAGAAGAGAAAAUAGUUUGCAAAUUAGGGAAGAAGGAUGCCCCUCUCUUUGCUUGGCCAUGGGAGAAUUUUGGAAAUUACAAGUAUUUAUUAUAUGGACCACUGAUUGCAAAAGGGUUUUAUUCUAUGGCUUGGGAAGGAAAUAAGGAGGAUAUAUGGUGCUUACAUAUUCUCAUCUUGUUUGCCCUGAGAGGUCUUGUUCAUCAGCUAUGGAGUACUUAUAAUAAUUCACUUUAUAUAAACCGUACUCGUCGACUGAAUCAACAGGGCAUCGAUUUUAAUCAAAUUGAUGCGGAAUGGCAUUGGGAUAAUUUUCUGAUACUUCAAGCCAUUGUAGCUUCAUUUUCCUGUUUGAGCUUCCCUUCAUUGUCCAAUCUUCCUAUAUGGGACAUUAAGGGUAUCGUGUGUUGCCUAAUACUCCACGUGGUAAUCUCAGAACCUCUGUAUUAUUGGAUGCAUAGAUUAUUACAUUCCAAGCAUUUAUUUCCAAGGUACCACUGGCUCCACCAUAGCUCUAAAGUUCUACAUCCUUUUACAGCUGGGCAUGCUACGUUUGUGGAACACCUAUUACUAUGUGUAAUUAUUGGAAUUCCAACCCUGGGAACUGUUUUCCUCGGUUAUGGAUCUAUCAGCAUGAUGUACAGUUAUGUUUUAGCCUUUGAUUUUCUUCGAUGUAUUGGGCAUAUCAAUGUUGAAGUUAUUCCUUAUCGCCUGUUUGAAGCUAUUCCACUUCUCAAAUAUCUUAUCUACACGCCUACAUACCACAAUCUUCAUCACAUGGACAUGAGGACUAACUUUUGCCUCUUUAUACCUUUAUACGAUAUUUUAUGGAAGACAAUAAAUGCCAAUUCAUGGGAUCUUCACAAACAAAUUAGUACAAAGACAAAUGAUAGAGUACCUGAUUUCGUGUUUCUUGCACAUGUCGUUGAUGUUAUGUCAGCAAUGCAUGCUCCAUUUGUUUUCCGUUCAUUCAGCUCAAUACCUUUUGGUAUAAAGCCCUUCUUGUUUCCAAUGUGGCCUUAUACGGUUUUAGUGAUGCUUAUCAUGUGGGCAAAAUCCAAGACAUUCUUGUUCAGUUUUUAUAAUCUCAGAGGAAGACUGCAUCAAACAUGGGUUGUGCCAAGAUUUGGUUUCCAGUAUUUCUUACCUUUUGCGGCAGGAGGCAUAAAUAACCACAUUGAAGAUGCUAUCCUUACCGCAGAUAAAAUAGGUGUAAAGGUCAUUAGCCUUGCUGCACUAAAUAAGAAUGAAAGUCUUAAUGGAGGUGGAACACUUUUUAUUAACAAGCAUCCAAAUCUAAAAGUCAGAGUUGUUCACGGAAACACCUUGACUGCUGCGGUGAUCCUACACGAGAUACCUGAAGAUGUUGAUGAGGUUUUCUUAACAGGAGCUACUUCUAAGCUAGGAAGGGCCAUUGCUCUCUAUCUUGCACGACGAAGGGUCAAGGUUUUGAUGUUGACCCAAUCCACCGAGAGAUUCAUAAAGAUCCAGAAAGAAGCACCAGUCGACUGCCAAAAUUUUUUAGUUCAAGUUACGAAGUAUCAAGCAGCCAAGCACUGUAAGACGUGGAUUAUUGGCAAGUGGAUGACACCUCGAGAACAGAGUUGGGCUCCUUCAGGAACACACUUUAACCAGUUUGUUGUUCCUCCUAUCAUUCCAUUCAGACGAGACUGUACUUAUGGGAAGCUAGCAGCAAUGAAACUCCCAGAAGAUGUGGACGGCUUAGGAUCCUGUGAGUAUACAAUGGAAAGAGGUGUAGUUCAUGCUUGCCAUGCCGGGGGCGUGGUUCAUCUUCUUGAAGGUUGGGAACACAAUGAGGUUGGGGCUAUCGAUGUUGAUCAGAUUGACGUUGUGUGGAAGGCUGCAUUGAAGCAUGGCCUCAUGCCCUUGUAG